UGCUCAGGCCCGAAGGAACCAUUUAAUCUGUUUUUGGUGCAGUUUAUGAAUCUUAAAGCCAGUGUUAAAUUUUUUAUGGAAUCGAUAAUAUUGGACAUUAUGUUUAAGUUAUGUUUCUUAUGUGGGACCUCCGAUAUGUGUUAGGACAAGUGGACAGCUCUGUCUUACAAACUGUGCAGAAAAUAGAGCGCAUAAAUGGUUUUAGAGAGAAACAGACACAUCCUACAGAAAACGAUGAGCAAGAAGAGGUAAAAACCAACCUUUAAAAAGCAAUUUUGCCUCUGGGCAUUUCUCCCAGGCAGACAGCAACAAUAAUCCAAAUCCAUUCGAAGGAGUACUAUUCCUGUGUAAGAUGAAUAAAUCUUAACAUAUUGGAACAUUUUUUUCCCCCUCUGUUGCCUGGUGGGAAGUUGGAAGACACAUUUGUGACAUGAUAUCAAGUCGUUUUGAAUCUGUAACCCUUCAAGAAAUUCAACACAUUUACACUCAGAAGUAAAAUUAGCCAAUAAAGUCUAUCCAUGAGAAACAUAAUCUUUGCGUAAAUUCAGCUGUUCAUUUGUAGGUCUCAGACGUUUGUUAUGGAACGUUAGUUUACUUUUUUGAAAUAUAGGGUAAAAGCAGGCAAUUAAACCAAAUCAGUGAACAAGUUUGUCUGACAUAUUUUACUGUAGAUCAUGAGUUCAUUAUUGGAGGAUAGUUGAAUUUGUCAUUUAAGGCUCCACAGGGAACUAAUUAAGGUUUUUUUUGCACCUCUUUGUUUAAACAGAAAACUUAAUUCAAUAGAGCUGUCAAGAAUGACAAAAUGCAAAACCAAACAACUUUGUUAUUAAUACUGAGUAAAAAUGUUGUCUUUUCUCAACCUCCUGUAUCUGAAAUUUAACGGCUGUAUGAGCACAACAGGAUGGUUGCAGAAUGGAAAAUGAACAAACAAAAAAGGUCCAAGCAAUUCAGUCAGAAAAACUGAAAGCAAUGUGGUUGAAACAAGGACAUUCACAACAAUAGAAAUGGAGAACAAAUUCCUCAAAUACAGGAAACAUAGCUUUGGACUAAACUGUAUCACAUGGAGGAAGGAAAGUCGAUUUAGUGAUCUACAUUAAGCAUCUUUAAAAUCUAAAUGCCGGAAAAUAUUACAAAGACAAAUGUUAUUGACUGGAUAGCUGGAUUUUGAUGGUAUUCUUUAAUAAUAUUUAUAUCUGCAAUAGGCAGUUGGAAUAAAAGUAAUACAAGCUAAUCUCUACUCGAGAUAAAUUCAUAUGUGAAUAUAGGCACUUUUGUCCCUAUUCAUUUAAACAAUGUGCAGAAGGUUUGGAGAUAAUUUAUUUAUAGUUAUUUAUCCCUGUGAUAGAUCAUUUUAUUAUAUGAAAGAGAAUUUUAAAUAAGUCUCUAGAAACAACAAAGUAUCCUUUAUAAUAAUAAUAAUAAUAAAAUUUAUUCCAAGAAUGCUUUAUUGUAGUCGUUAAUUUAAGUUACUAACUACUUUAAGUGAAAUUUAACUGAAUUUAUUCCUUGGUUUUCUUCAGUUUAAGCUUGGCUGUUUUCCUCUAUUCCCCCAGCAGGGGGCCUGAAGUGUUUACGGCGCAGAGACUCCGUUCGCUGUGCGCAUGCUCUGACCGGCUGUAUUGAAGGUGGAGGAGAGGAGGAUGGAGACCCAGCGGCUGAGCGUUUAUUUACCUCAACCUCUCGGUAGAGUGGCGGUCUUAAAUUAAUUGAAUGAAGCGAUUCGUGUUGAAUUACUCUAAAGAAGCGUUUGUUGUUGAUUAUUUCGCUCCAUGAGGCCUUUGCAGAGCUCUGGUUGCUGUGGAAACGAGGACUAUGACAGCUACAAUCAUCCUUUGUCUCCACUGAACGAGGAAACACACAACAGUUCUUUCUUCGUGAGAAAAGAAAGAGCCUUUUCUUCCUAGCUAUUCAUUUUUUUUUUUGGCUCACAGAGCUUCAGUUUUUGCUUGUUUGAAGAAAAAACAAAGAAUUAUCAAUGGAGGACAGAGCUGUAGACUAAACAUCCGCGGAGUUCAAGAUCAGCUUAAGAAAACAGCAGAGUGCAGGUGAUGCAACGUGGUGAAAGCUGCCAGGUGUUAUUUGUGGUCGUGUUCUCUAACUGGGGUUUCGCUUUAAUGUGGCGCUCUGUGAUAUCUUCAGCAUCAGCCUGAACCAGAGGCCUGUGUAAACCGCUGCAGGCCAGGACCUCCCUCUGCCUCCCAGUCAGUAGAUGCUCUUGUCUCUGACGCUCUUCCUGUUUAGGCUCCAUCGACGUCUCUCCUUCAUGUUCAGCUCAGACAGACUCACUGUCCCGGACUAUGUCAGCCGGCUGCAGAGAGGGAGGAGCGGCUCCGGCUGCGAGCCCAAGCCGGUCUCUCCGGGUCUCAGCGCCGACGUCCAGGCCGUCUUGAAGGACUCCCUCCCUGCCCUGCGCGAAGCCAUCAGGAACCUGAAGGCAGCCAAAGAAAACUCGGACUCAGACGAGACCCGCAGGGCCGUGGCGGAGAUUUAUCAGCUGGUGGAGGAGGCCUGGGUGCUGCCCACGGUGGGGCGUCAGGUAGCCGAGGAGAUCUGCAACAGGAUCCGGCUGGAUGGAGGCCUGGAGCUGCUGCUUCAGCUGCAGCAGACAUCAGCUGUGGAGAUUAUCUAUGAGUCUGCGAAGCUGCUGGAGCAGAUUUUGAUCUCAGAGAACAGGGACUAUGUAGCACGUAUUGGUCUGGGGGUCAUCCUUAACCUGACUCGACAGCAGGACGAUGCCCAGCUGGCUCGCAGCGUCUCUGGCAUCCUGGAGCACAUGUUCAAACACACCGAGGAGACGUCCGUCCAGCUCAUCUCCAACGGUGCCCUGGACGCCCUCCUCUUCUGGUGCCGGGGCACGGACCCCACCGUGCUGCGUCACUGUGCCGUGGCAUUGGCCAACUGCGCAAUGUAUGGGGGCCACCGCUGUCAGCGUUGGAUGAUUGAGAAGCAGGCUGCAGAGUGGCUUUUCCCUCUGGCGUUUUCCAAAGAAGACGAGCUCAUCCGCUUCCACGCCUGCCUGGCAGUGACGGUGUUGGCUGCGAACAGGGAGAUCGAGAAAGAGGUGGUGAGGUCUGGAACGUUGGAGUUGGUGGAGCCUUUCAUCGCCUCUUUGGAUCCGGAUGACUUCGCCCGCUGCUUACUGGACAGUGCAGACUGCAUGCAGGGAAAGACAGCAUCUGACCUUCAGCACCUUUUGCCAUUAUUAGAUGGCACGAGAGUGGAGGGGAAGUGUAUUGCAGCCUUUUAUCUCUGUGUUGAGACCAGUAUCAAGUCCCGCCAGCGCAACACUAAGAUAUUUCAAGAGAUCGGUGCAGUGCAGAGCCUUAAAAGAAUCGUCAUGUACUCCAGUAAUGGGACGGUCUCCAGUCUCGCCAAGAGGGCCCUGAGUAUGAUGGGAGAAGAAGUCCCAAAGCGAAUCUUGUCUUGUGUGCCCAACUGGAAGACCUGCGAGGUGCAGACAUGGCUGCAGCAGGUUGGCUUCAGUGCCUUCAGCGACCGCUUUCAGGAGCUUCAGGUGGAUGGAGAUCUCCUACUGAACAUCACCGAUGAAGAUCUAAGCUCUGAUCUCAACAUGGCUGCAGGUCUCACCCGCAAGAGGUUUCUGAGAGACUUGCGUGUGCUGAAGACCUACGCCGACUACUCUACAUGUGACCCCAACAACAUGGCUGACUGGUUGGCUGAGGUGGAUCCCCGUUUUCGACAGUACACCUAUGGCCUGGUCCAGUCAGGCGUGGACCGCAACAACGUGGAGAACCUGACUGACCAGCAGCUGCAGCACGACUGCCAUAUUGAUAACGGAGUCCACCGAGCGAAGAUACUGUCCACCGCCAGCAGGCCGUUAAAGCCGAGCCACACAGACGCCCAGCCUCCAGGCCCUGACGUGUUCAUCAGCUACCGUCGGACCACUGGUUCCCAACUGGCCAGCCUUUUGAAGGUGCACCUGCAGGUCAGAGGAUACAGUGUUUUUAUAGAUGUGGAGAAGCUGGAGGCGGGUAAAUUUGAAGACAAACUAAUCCAGAGCGUACAGAGGGCACGCAACUUCAUCCUGGUCCUGUCUGCCAACGCGCUCGACAAGUGCAUGGGCGACACCGCCAUGAAGGACUGGGUGCAUAAGGAAAUAGCCACGGCCCUGAGUGGUAAAAAGAACAUUGUCCCCGUCACAGAUAACUUCAUGUGGCCUGACCCCAUGUCACUGCCAGAGGAUAUGAGAGCUAUCCUCAACUUCAAUGGCAUUAAAUGGUCUCAUGAAUAUCAGGAAGCUACAAUUGAGAAAAUCAUCCGCUUUCUCAAAGGACGCCACGACACAACUGACGCCCCAGACGAAUCCAAAAGUCAGAAGAAGAAAUAAGCCAAUCCAAACACAACUAUAAGACUGUUUGUGAUGCCAUCUUCCACAUGCCUAUAGAACAGCCUUCCCUGCUCUGCCCGACAGCAUGUGAAGUAUACGUUUAGCCUGCUUACACAAAUCAGUGAACAGAUCCUUAAUCCUUAAACAAUAAGACUUAAAAAGGGAACUCCAGACUGUGUGUAAUUAAGUUUAAGUCGUUAAUGUCAUUCCUCAUUAACUGCUGUAUUGGUGUAAUCACGUUCAGUAUAUGCCUUUUAUAUCUCAGGAAAAUAAGCGAUAGACCAGCUGUCACUGGCAUCCAGCAACAUCAUCAUCAAUAGCAAUUUCUGAAGGCUCUACCAACCCUUCAGUAUCAGUCAAAGUUAUUGUAUAUGCACUUAUUCUUUCUGUAUCAUGUACAUAACAUAAUAAAUAAAUCCAGGUCUCUAAUA